AUGGGUAGCUUGAAUCUCUCAGAUCGGCUCAGUGGGAGAUGGCUGAUCACUGUCAUCACUGUCGCAAAUGCUUGCUCGAUGGCAUGGUUUGGCUAUGAUCAAGGUGUCUUCUCAGGAGUUUUAAUCUCAGCCGACUUCAAGAAACACUUCCCCCAGACGAAAGAGUCAAAUAUCUCCGGCAUUACGUCGAGUUGUUUCUCUCUCGGAGCCUUUUUCGGCGCUAUCUUUGCGUUCACCCUCGGCGACAGAUUCGGUCGAAAGAAGACAAUUACUCUCGGCUUGGUGUGCAACACCAUUGGUGCAGUUCUCCAGAUUGUCUCCUGGCAUUUGCCGCAGUUGAUCGUUGGCCGUAUUAUUAAUGGCUUUGGUAUGGGGCUGACUUCGUCAACGUGCCCUGUUUACCAAGCCGAGUGCUCCAAACCACGAGUUCGUGGAAAGCUCGUGGUAGUCGGUUCUCUAUCCAACACGGCAGCCUUUUGUCUAUCCAACUGGAUGAACUAUGGUUUAUUUUUCCAAGGCGAGGCCCUACAGUGGAGGUUCCCUUUAGGAUUUCAACUCAUAUUCCCAUGCAUCGUGGUUGGUGCACUGAUAUUUGUUCCCGAGUCUCCGAGAUGGCUUCUUCUCCAAGAUCGACACGAGGAGGCGCUCGCGGUGAUCGCGAGACUGGAGGGUAAAAGGAAGGAUGUUCACGAUCCAGAUGUGACUGCUCAAUUCUUAUCCAUACGGUCCGCCCUCGAGGUUGAGCGUCAAAGUCAGGUACCGAUGGCGGAUGUCUUGAUGUGCCGCGACAAGACACAAAACCUCCGUCGGCUGCUCUUGUCCUGUGGUACUCAGUUCAUGCAGCAAUUUAGCGGCGUGAAUACGCUUGGAUAUUAUCUUCCGACUCUCUUGCAGGAAAGUGUUGGACUCGGAGAAGAGGAGAGUCGCUUGCUCACUGCUGUCAAUGGCACAACGUAUCUAUUCUCCGCAUUUUGUUGUCUGGCAAUUAUUGAUCGCUUUGGACGUCGCAAGCUAAUGCUCUAUGGCUCGGUAACUAUGGGGGCAUGUUAUCUUAUUGCUGCAAUGUGCCUUAGAACUGGCGAGGGCGAUCCUUCACGAAAACAACAGAUGGGACGAGUGACAACUGCCAUGUUCUUUUUGUAUUACUUCUUCUAUGGAACAAGUUUUGCCAAAGUCCCGUGGGUCUAUAACUCCGAGGUGAACUCUCUGGGCUGGCGCACUCGAGGUGCUGCCGCAGCCACGGCAACAAACUGGAUGGGCGGAUUCAUCGUGACGCAGUUCACUAGUGUUGGUGUCAAUACCUUACACUGGAGGUUCUAUCUGAUCUUCGCUAUUAUUGCCUGGUCCUUUUUCCCUACAAUCUUCUGCCUCUACCCGGAAACUUCACGACGUACCUUGGAGGACAUGGACGAAAUUUUCAUCCGACAUCCCUCGCCGAUUGUGUGUGGCAAGCAAGAGCUGACCCAACGUAAGCGGCCACAGACAUUUGUCGACGCAGAAAGGGAUCGUAUUAUGGAGAACAGAGAAUUUGGAAAAGAAACAGUCAAAGAGGGAACGACAGCGCACUACGAGCACGUAUAA